GGCGGGCCGGGGGGCGGCGGCGGGGCGUCGCGCGGAGCCCGGAGCCGGCGGGGAGGCCCGGCCGGGCAGCCGUGGGGCCGGCGGCGCCCGCACCCUCCGCCGCCAGGCCCCGCGGGAUGCUCCGUGGGAGCCGAGGGCGGAGGCGACACUCUCAGGUAAAGUGGCAAGAUGACGAGCAGCAAGUCAAAAGAGGUGCCUUUGCCCAGCGCACGCAGCGUGCAGAGUAAGGAGGCCGCUCAAGCAGAUAUAACCUCAACUUGGGAUGCACUUUAUCAAACCAAGGCUGCUCUGAGACACAUCGAGAACAAAUUGGAAGUAGCCCCGACAAGCACAGCUGUGUUUGAUCCUGUCAUGGACACCAAGAAAUUGCCAGCAAGUGCAACUCGAAAAAUCAGUAGGAAAGAUGGCAGGUACCUGGAUGACCCCUGGGGCACUGCUCCAGCCUCCAAAGCUUCCAAGUCGCGGAAAGAGAAAUCCCGCAGCCCGCUGAGAGCGACCACACUGGAGAGCAACGUGAGGAAAAGCAACCGCGUGGAGUUCCGCGAGCCUUUGGCGUCCUACAGGGAAAUCCACGGCCCGCCCUCCAGCGGGAGCCCCAACCCGGUGGAGCUCAAGCACGGCUGCUGUGUGGGCGCGUGCAAGGACGUGGGCGAGGCCGGGCACCGGGCGCGCGGCAGCCGGGAGGAGUGGCCGGGCCGCGGCUGCGACGUGGACAGCGCCCACCCGUCCGUCCUCCACGAUACCGUCAUUCACUUCCUGAACGAUCGGCCGGCGAUCGCGGCCCUGCAGAACCCGGAGGGCGCCACCGGCCUGGCCGCUCUCACGCGGGCGGAGGAAGACGGCCCCGCCAGGGCCCUGGGGAGCGAGAACGGCGCCAAGGCCGCGGGCUGCAACGGGGUCCCCGACGCUGAGUCGAAAGGGCAGCGGCUGGCGGACUCGUCCCCCUCCUCCACCAGCACGGCCAGCUCCCAGAGGCUGGAGCUCCUGAAGCGGCGCCAGCAUGACGUCAAGCUGGAGCGACUCAAGGAGAGGAUCCGGAAGCAGUGGGAGCAUUCGGAGGGAGUCGGCGGGCAGGGCCUGAACCUGCGCCGCCUGGACCACCCGGUGAUGCUGGUCAACGUGGACAGCUCUGUGACCGCCAAGGUUCGGAAGGUGGCCACGGCGCCCCCGGCUCCAAUAUACCGAGGGUUCAAUACUUCAGAGACCAAGAUCCGGACGCCCGAUGGGAAGGUGUGGCAGGAGGCCGAGUUCCAGAGCCUGAGCCGAGAGCUGUGUCGGGACCUGGCGCGGCACCUGGCAGAUGAUGUCUCUGUGAAAGACAAGCCUGCUGAGAGGAACAAGGAGAAGAAAAUUGUCAAGCCGGUCCGGAAAGUCCAGAAGGUUGCGCAGUUUUCGAGUUCGGAAUGCAGAGCAGGUAGCAGUCGUCUGAUCAGUACAUCCUCCUGGCGAGAUGGACAGAAGUUGGUCAAGAAGAUUCUGGGCCCUGUGCCCCGGAUGGACCAGAGAGAGCGCAGGACAGCCUCGAGCGACCGCGGCGGGAGGGAUAGCGCCCUGACGCCCGGGGCCACCCUGGGCCGUGCCGACUCCGAGCCUCGGCUGGACGUGGCGCCCAGGCGCCUCCCUCGCAGCACGGAGCGGGCCCGGAGCAGGCCGCGGGCGGAGAGCAGCACCCGGAAGGCCGCGCCGGCCCUCGCCGACUCACAGCAGGAAGACACGGUGGCCUUGAACGCAGACUUCCUCCCCGACGCCAUCCGCGGCAUCCUGGACGAUCUGCAGCUGGAGUCCGCAGCCCAGGUGCCAGGGCCGGACCCCGGAGGGGACGCCCCGAAUCAGGCGGCAGCCGCCCCGGCCCUGGCACUCCGGAGCCAGAGCCCCGGGAAGAGGAAGCCCGACAAGGUGGCGGCCGGCGACGAGCCACCCGUGACCUCCAAGAAGCGCCACUACGACUCGGACGAGGUGCGGCAGUACAUUGUGCGGCAGCAGGAGGAGCGGAAGCGGAAGCAGAGCGAGGAGAAGCGGGCGCAGAAGGAGGCCACGGAGCAGAAGAACAAGCGGCUGCAGGAGCUGUACCGGAAGCAGAGGGAAGCCUUUGCCAAGGGCCGCGCCGCGCCCCCCGAGCAGGCCCCCGCGUCCCGGCGGCUGCAGGACACCUACUCCAGACUGCUGCUGGGCAAGGGCCCGCUCGAGGAGGCCGCGCGGACGCAGGCCGGGGCCGACACGCAGGUCAGACCAGGGUAUCAGCCCUCCGGGGAGUCGGACAAAGAGAACAAAGUGCAGGAGCGUCCCCCCAGCGCAUCAUCCAGCAGCGACAUGUCCCUGUCUGAGCCCCCACAGCUUCUCACCAGAAGGGACGUGGUGGAAUCCACAUGGGUGCAGCCUGACAGACUGAGUCCCCGAGGCCUCCAGCCGCAGCCGCAGGCCCCGCCUCUCACCAGCGUGGCCGGAAGUUUGCUCUCGCAACUCCUAAAUCUGGAGCACGUCGGAAUCUCACAUCAGGAGCUCGAAUCUAUUUUCCCAGCCAGGAAAACUCCCAACAUGGCUUCAGGACCAUUGACUUUUCUGCCUCAACCGUACGUGACCUCACCAGCUGCUCUAACCGAUGCCUUGCCCAAACCGAGUGCCAGCCAGUACAAGAGCAAGCUGGAUCGAAUCGAAGCCCUGAAGCUAACAGCCGCCUCCCUGUCCAGCAGGAUCGAAAGCGAAGCCAAGAAACUAGCCGGCGCCAACAUCAACUACGGGUCCGUGUGGAACUCUGACCCCGACGUCCAUCCGCCGCCCCACGAGGCCGGGCCGUGGGCCAAGCCUCUGAGUCCGCCUGUCAAAGAGGAUGCCGAGGACAUCUUCUCCGCCCGAAUCCAGAAGAUGCUGGGAACCUGUGUGUCUCACGCGACGUUCGAUGAUGACCUCCCCGGCGUGGGCAACCUCAGUGAAUUCAAAAAACUUCCCGAGAUGAUCAGACCUCACAGCGCCAUAUCGAACUUCCGAAUCCGAUCUCCCACCCCCAAGGCAGAGGGGCUGCUGGCCCAGCUGUGCAAAAGGUCGGCGGACUCUUCCGGCUCUGAAGUGCCAACUUCCUCCCAAGACAAGACCAGGCGGUCCCUCGGUUCUAGCACAGAGUCUGUCAGUGAGGGGCUGCUGCUUAGCGAGGGGUGCCUCUCGGAAGAAGAGGGGAGCCCCCCGGGAUGGCCGCCUCUGAAGGUGGCGGAGAUCCUAAAGGAGAAGGAAUUUUGUGCCGGGGAGAGAAAUGCUUAUGACCCUAUCAAAGAGUUUCAGAAGGAAGCGGAGAAGUUCUUACCACUCUUUGGUCAGCUGGCUGGCAAAUCAAGCCCAGGACCCUGGGAAGAAUUGGCCAAGGGAAGUCCGCACAGUGUCAUUAAUAUUUUCACCAAGUCUUACCAGUUCCACGGCAAAGGUCUGGAGGACAGGCUGGAAAGAGGAGCGUCGGUCUCUCGGCCGGAACACGCCGCAGCCUCACCGCCCAGCAGCGCUUCCUAUGAAGACGACUUUAUCUCGUCCUCGGGGAACGAGACUCUGACGGACCGAAAAUCAACUCUGGAGCCUAACGUCGGCAGCAGCCUCGGUGUCCCGGAGGAACAUUCCAGCAGGAAGUCAGCCUAUGACCCCUCCUCUCUGGACCUCACCUCCCUGCCUUCAUCCGGGGCCCCGUCAGCUGCAUCCUCGCGUUCAUCAUCCUCGAAAGGGAAGAAGGUGAAGAAGGAGAAAACAGAGUGGCGGGAGUCGCUCUCCGGAAGUGUCCCGAGUUCUGUCCCUGCCGAGGAACGGCUGCAUUCUGGUGCCGAGCGUGGCUCUCCCCGAAGGAGCAAGUCGGGGGCCGGCAGCAGAGUGUCCUCCAGAGGCCAUGAGCAGGCCCCGGACUCCGACAACACUCUGGAGGAGCUCUCCCGGCACGCGCUGAGUGUUUCGUCAGACAAGGGACGGUCUCAGAAAACUCCGACUUCUCCCCUGUCUCCAAGCUCCCAAAAGCUCCUUCAGUUCGACCUCCCCGGAACGUCCUUAGAAAGAUCGCGAUCGUCGGUGCUGGUGCCGUCUGCCUCUGCAGGGCUCGGGCCUGCUGCUGCCUUCCCAGAUCUGGCUGGCAGCAGGGCAGCGUCAGAAAAGGUGCCCUCGCCAGGUUCUCAGCGCUUUUCUCCUGCCAGCCUCCAGCACCGCAUGGCCGCUGAGCUCAGCUACCUGAGUGCCAUCGAGGAGUCCGUGCGCCACCUGGCGGAUGUCGAGCGGGUUCGGGGCGUGUCCCUGGCCCAGCAGGAGAGCGUGUCCCUGGCGCAGAUCAUCAAGGCACAGCAGCAGCGCCACGAAAGGGACCUGGCCCUUUUGAAGCUGAAGGCCGAGCAGGAGGCCCUGGCGUGUCAGCGACAGCUGGAAGAGACUCGGAGUCGAGCCACUCAGGCCCACUCGGAGUCCCUGCAGCAGGUGGUCAGGUCCCAGAGGGAGGCGGCCGAGGUGUUGCAGGAGGCCACCAGCAAGAUGGCCGCCCAGCAGACGGAGACCGCGCGGCUCACCACCGAUGCGGCCCGCCACAUCUGCGAGAUGGCUGAGUUGACCCGGACACACAUUGCGGGGGCCAUCAGUGCCUCCGGCGCACCCCUGGCCGUGCUGUACGACCACCCCCGGCACCACCCUUCAGACAUCGCCAGGCAGCUGCGGGCCAGAGUGGAAACGGAGAGGAAAAAUCAGUCUGUUUCACUUGCUCAGAGUAAGGAAGACACCUUUGACUCAAAGCACCCGAAGUUUGACAGCUACUCCGAGUCUCACAGAUACAAGCAUCAUGACCGCAGAAGUAGCAGUGACAGCAGCCGCCAGGACAGUCCCUCAGCUCUGUCUUCCAGGGACAGUGAGCAGAAGCGCCACGCCGAGAAGCUGGAGAGCUCCAUUGAGGAGCAGGCCCCGACCGCCGUGGACGACUCUCUGCAGAGUGACAGCGUCCCAUCCCUGCCUGAGGAGAAAGAUUCAACUUCGAUCGCAACAGAGUAUUCCCUGAAAUUUGACGAGUCCAUGACAGAGGAUGAAAUAGAGGAGAAGUCCUUCCGGUCCCUGUUACCUUCUGAGAGCCAUCGCCGAUUCAACAUGGAAAAGAAAAGAGGCCAGCACGAUGACUCGGACGAAGAGACGUCCCCCGAGAAGACAACCCCAUCUUCUUCCAAGGAGCUGAGCAUGCCAUUCUCGGGAGGACAGGACAGCUUUUCUAAGUUCACCAUGGAGAUGGUCCGCCAGUACAUGAAGGAAGAGGAAAUGAGGGCCGCUCACCAGUCUUCCCUGCUGCGUCUGCGAGAGAAGGCCCUGAAGGAAAAAACCAAGGCUGAACUUGCCUGGUUAGAGCACCAGAAAAAACAUCUUCGAGAUAAAGGAGAAGAUGAUAAAAUGCCUCCACUACGGAAAAAACAGCGGGGUUUGCUCUUAAGACUGCAGCAAGAAAAGGCAGAAAUCAAACGUCUCCAAGAAGCGAGCAAGGCGGCCCGGAAGGAGCGACAGCUGAUCCUCAAGCAGCAGGAGGAGAUCGAGAGGAUCCGGCAGACCACCAUGAAGCUGCAGGAGAAGCUCAAGUCUGCGGGGGACAAGAAAUUGGACUCUCCCAGCGAUGAGGAUCUGCGGGAUAACAAAGAGGCCAGCCCGGGCCCGACGGACCUGGAGACCCGCAGCCUGUCCCCCCUCUCCAUCUCCAGCAGCGAGACCAGCAGCAUCAUGCAGAAGCUCAAGAAGAUGCGGAGCCACAUGGAUGAAAAACACUGCUCUCCUGUCCACUACUUCUUCUCUGUCUUUACGUCUCACCACUGGGCUUCUCUCAGUGUCUGUUUCCCCAACCUCCAUCCCAAAUUCCAGCUGUAUAUCUACAACCAGUUGGUCAGGUUCCUGACCAAGCGGGAGCAAAAGCUGAUGCAGCGGCGCCAGCACGCCGAGGAGCUGCUGGAGUGGAAGCGGCGCCUGGAUGCGGAGGAGGCGGAGAUCCGGCAGAUGGAGAAGCAGGCCCUGGCGGCCUGGGACACAGAGAUGCUGAAAACGAAGGCGCCCAAGGAGGACCAGCGGGCAGAGCGGAAAGAUGCCGUGAGCGCCGCGGAGUCGCACAGCGAGAGCUCCGUUCCUGAGGAGCUGGGCAGCUCUGCCGGGUUCCCCCCGUCCGAGUCCACCGCGGCCCAGCAGCACCGGAGCUCGGCCCCCAGCUCCCUCGCCGAAGACCUGGUGUUCUCCCAGGAGCUGGAGUCGUCCGCCUCUCCCAGUAAACACUCGCCUCCCAAAAGCUGCACGUCCGUGUCGAAGCAGGAGUCCAGCAGAGGGAGCCACCGGAGUGGCAGCCAAGGCCGCCUGCCCACCAGGUCCCACCAGCAUUCCCCCAGCUGGUCCGACGAGUCUCUGUCCGUGACACAGUCCGAAACUGCCUCUGACCAGAGUGACAUCGAGGGUCGGAUCCGAGCCCUCAAGGAUGAGCUGCGGAAAAGGAAGUCCGUGGUGGAGCAGCUGAAGCAGGAGCAGAAGAAGAGGCAGAAGGAGCGGCUGAGAGCCCAGGAGGCCAGCCUGAUCAAACAGCUGGAGUCGUAUGACGAAUUCAUCAAGAAAACUGAAGCUGAGCUUAAUCGGGAUUUGGAAACGUCACCAACCGCCAAGCCUCAGAUUAAAACGUUCUCCACCACUUCCGAUAAACCCAAGAUCAAGCCCCUUCCGCUGCACAGAUCGGAAACAGCAAAGACUUGGAAACCACUGACAGAGUCAGAACGUUCCAGAGGAUCCCUGGGGUCUGUUUCUGAACAAAUUGAUGUUGCCGGGGCAGAUACGGAGAGAUCGUCAUCAGAGAAGUCUCUGUCUAUCUCUGCAAAGAGAAUGUUUGAGUUGGACGGCCGGACAGAAGAGCAUUUUCAGACUUCAUCUCCAAUUCUCAGAUCCUCCAGGAAAACCAGGGCAGACUCUGGGGCUUCCCUUGAAAACGUCCCCGAGGUACCUCGACUCAAGGACUUGAAUGUGCCCAGUCGCAUUCUGGAUGUGUCUGAUGUCAAGGCCGAAGAAGCUUCGAGUCAGAAGUCAGACCUACCAGAUGUGGGUCUUGGGGGCUCGGAAGAGAGCACCGCCGGAAGUACCCGUUCGAAGCCAUCUGAGGAGUCUGGCGUCUUAGUGAAACUGGACACUAAACAAGGACAUUCACCGACAGUUCUUCCCAAGGAAGAUCUUCCCCUAGAGUCUCCAGACAUCCAGAGCAACCUGAUUCGGUUAGCCGUCGGCCGUCUUCAUCAGAAAGAGCCCAAAGAUGGGAUGGACCAGGGUCCGGGCAUCCGGUCGGAACGAGACCGAGAGGAGAGAGACUUGCCCUUCUCAGAGCAUCUUUUUGCUCCGAGAGAGACAUCCUCCUACUCUGAAGAGUUUGAAGCCUCCUCUCUCAAGAAAGAAACCGCGACCGGCUCGUGCGGUGGUGACGUGGCCGCGUCCCCUGUGCUCGCGCUGCACAGGGAUAGUCCGUCCUGCCGAGAGCAGUCCCCGUCAACCCGGAGCUCCGGCAGCAGCGCCACGAGCUUCGGCAGCGACGAGGAGAUCAGCGAGUGCCUCAGCGGGAAGAGCCCUUCGGUCCACAGCAGCGUCCACUCCGGGCGGCUGCUGGAGCUCAAGUCCCCCACCGAGCUGAUGAAGAGCGAGGAGCGCAGCGACGUCGGGCACGGCCCAGAAGUGACCGGACCCCUGGCCCUGGCGAAGGACUCGGUCCCCGACGAGCUGCUCGGCCUCCACCUUGGGGACCGGGUGCUGAUCGGCAACGUUCAGCCAGGAACGCUGCGGUUCAAAGGUCAGACGAGUUUCGCCGAAGGCUUCUGGGCCGGCGUGGAGCUGGACAAGCCCGAGGGGAACAACAACGGCACCUACAAUGGCAUCGUCUACUUCGUGUGCAAGGAGAAGCACGGGAUCUUUGCUCCACCGCAGAAAAUAUCUCGCCUUCCCGAGAGCCUGGACGACGACAACGCAGGCGAGCAGGAAGAGGAAGACGCCUACUCCGAGGAACAGGAGCGCUAUGGCAGUGAGGGAGAGAAAGCCGAAGAGGGUCCCCAGCUCGAGAGAGAGAAGGAUGCAGUCGAGGCGCUUUAUGAGAAGUUCCUUCCCAGGACGCACGAAGCAGACGGCUCAGGAGACAAAAGUUUGAAGACAGAGCCAGGCAGCGGGCAGGGUGUUUUGUUGGGGCUGGACGCCGGUGUUCACCAAGAGCCUCCAGUGACGUCCCUGACUUCCUCAAAGGAAAGCAGGGACCUUCUCUCGGAUGGUCUCAGUGCAGGGGACGAGACGCUGGACAGGACCUUCUCUGAAGAGCUGAGCGAGCGGCUGACAGGACAGGAGCCGGGGCCUGCUGCGGCCGUCUCCGAGAAGCCGCCCACCCCGCUCCUGGACCUGUUGGCGAGGGAGAAGGCCCACUUGGAGGCCCAGAUCCAGUCGUCAUCGCAGCAGCAGGUGGAGACCGUCAGCCUGCUGACCGAGAGCCUCCUGGAAGUCUUCGUGCAGGACACCGUCCGCCAGCUGCAGCAGAUCCACAAGGCCCGGCAGGGGAAGAUCCAGCUCAGCAACCAGGAGUUGCUGGAGGAUGAGCAGAGAAGAGCCCCGUCCCCGGACCGAACCCCGAGCGUGGACACACGGCCACCUGCUGUCACAGACUGCUACUUGCGAUCUGAACUGGAGGAUGAGAAAGAAGAGGUGUCCUCGCCCGAUCUCUAUCCCCGGCCCGAGAGUCCGGUGUUCGGCGCCAGUGGGCAGGAAGAGCUUGCUAAGAGACUUGCCGAGCUCGAGGUCAGUCGGGAGUUCCUCAGCGUCUUGGGGGACGAUCAGGACUGGUUCGAGGAAGACUUCGGCCUGAGCUCUCCUCACAAGAUCCAGAAGAACAAGGCGGAAGAAACCAUCGUCCCCCUGAUGGCCGAGGCCAAGAGAGCCGCCCCGCAGGCCUGUGAGGUGCUGCUGGCCGUGCCCCACACCGCCCAGGAGGUCGAGCUCCUCGUCCACGGCGCCGCGGAAGAACUCUGGAAGCGCCGAGAGGCGGGGGACGCUCUGCAUACCAUCAGCGUCCCUGCAAAGCUGCUGGGCGGGACCAGCAACGGUCUGGACCUGGAAAGCACCAGCAAGAGGGUCUACAAACAGGCGGUUUUUGACCUCACAAGAGAGAUUUUUGAGGAAAUCUUCGCCGAAGAUCCCAACUUGAACCAGCCCGUGUGGAUGAAGCCGUCUAGGGUCAACUCGAGUUAUUUCCGGCGUGUGAAAAAUCCCAACAGCCUAGAUGAGAUCAAGAACUUCAUAGCAACCGAAGUGCUCAAGUUAUUUAGUCUGAAAAAGGAGCCGAAUCACAAAACCGACUGGCAGAAAAUGAUGAAGUUUGGGAGGAAGAAGAGAGACCGAGUCGAUCACAUCCUGGUCCAGGAGCUCCACGAGGAGGAGGCCCAGUGGGUGAACUACGACGAGGACGAGCUGUGCGUGAAGAUGCAGCUGGCCGAGGGCAUCUUCGAGAGUCUGCUGCGGGACACGGUGGACGUGCUCAACCGCAUCAGCGACAGGCAGGGCCGGGCGCUGCUCAUGUGACAGUUUGCCAAUAAACUGCCCCCUGAGUGCUAAUCUGACCAGCCCCCAGUGGACAAUCGGGUUAACAGACAUCAGUGCCGACCUAUGGCUGCGGCAUGGAAGUCAGGCUUCCGAGUAUGGCUGGAAGAAUUGUAGCCCGCUGCGUCACUUGGCGUUUUCUCGCUGCGGGCACCGAAGCAGAGACGGCCCGGCUCAGUCCCCCCAAGACCCAGGUAGGGCAGCGUCUGCGGCCUUUGCCCGGCCUUGCACUUCCCUCCGUCCUUCUGGACAUCCGCCUGUCCUUCUGAGCACACCGGAAGCCAGACCCUCAGGACCACCUCAGGCCACCCGGUGCGGACGGCAGGAGCGGCCAGAAGACGCGUUGGCCGGCACGAGUCCAUCUCUGCCUCUUCUCCCACUCGGCGAGACGCUGCGGCGAGAGCCGUGCAGGAGGAGAGCGUGUGCACCCGAGACAGACAUGUCACCCGUUGCCCGUGUGCCCGUCGUGUGCUGCUUAACUUAUUUCUAGGUAAAUUAUUGCCAGGUCGACAGUGAGCGUCUCCUUGUCGUAGCUCAGCCUCCCGUCUUGCCGCCUCCGGGGCUCUCGCGCUCUUUGCACAGGAAACCCAGGUUCUGACGCGACCCGGGGGGUCAGUGGAAGAAGAGGCGCUUCCCCCCCCCAGACACCCACAGCAGCAGGCCUGGGAGGAAGUGAACCAAGGCCCCUCCGAGCUCCCCUGAACGGAACCGCGUCAGAACCCAGCUGCUGCACGCAUGCCUGCGCCAGGGGCUGCCCCGUCCGCGCCCUGGCCCUGCCUCGACUGGCCCCUCCUCGCCAGCCCUCGCUGCUCCAACAGUCCGGAAGAACGUGGCGGAGCCAAGGCGCGAAUGUAGAUGCCUUAAUUCCGAAGGUCGGUCACAAGCUUGAUCUCAGACACCCCCCCGGACUCUCGGCUGCCGGCGUCCCUGGGUGUGAGGACAGCCCCAGCGACGGCCAGGGCGCGGAGCAUAUACGCACGCCUUCCUCGCCGCCCCUCUCCCCACCCCCCCCCCACUUCACUAUGCACAUGUCCGUACCCUCUUGCGUUUCAUCUUGUCAUAGGAGACCCUCCCCGACGUCGUCAUUGCAAUCUUGCAUUUUGCACAGUGACUGGUGUGAUAGCUCUUGAUACUGAGGGAAGCACUGACACGCCCGCGAGGUCCCGGGAAGGCGCCGGGCCAGGUGUCCGGCCGGUGGGGCUGCUUCCCGACUUUCCCUCAUGCGCGCGAGGCGCGUAGCCAUAACGAGCAGGUGGACUCGGGAGAAGCUCGGGUUUUCUUGGUGCUGAUGCAGCAGGGUGUCGGCUGCGUGGAGGCUGGCUUUGUCCAGGCCGGGGGGUAGCAUCUUCUCAGUGGCCUGCCUUUGGGAGGACAGAAAGACAGCCUGUUUGUCCCUCUGGCAGGCGAGUGGGAAUGCGUGGUCCUGACCGUCACCACUGCUGUCGAUAUCUUAUAUGAACAAGAGAGGAAGAUAAUAUAUUAUUAGGGAUCAGCUCUUCUUUUCUCCAGGCUUAUUGUUGGGACUGCAUCCAGGGGAAAAGGGAAAGUUUACCUGGACUCUGGAUGACGUUCCGGUUCUAGCAAUGCAGGAGGAAUAACAGUCCCGUGAGUCUGUGAGCACAGCGGUCUGGACGUCAGAUUCUCCAGAAGGCGCUAUGGAAAGCCCGCCCGUCCUCCCCCGGCCUCCAGCCCCCAUCCGCCCGAGUCCCCAGACUCAUGGGCUCAGGAGGAGCGGCCUGCCGGAAGAGACCACCCACGGCGAGGUGACAGAGGGGGUCUGGAGUCAGCACGUGUCUUAGCGUUUUCGUUGGGAAAUGGGUGUCUUCGGAUCAGGAGGUGCCCGAUGUCACUCGGCCUCUGGGCUCUUUUGAACCAAGCUCCGCCUCUCACCAGAAUCUCACUCCCCGUCCCACUCAUCUCCCUUCUCCCCCCCCGUCCCCCCCCCAACUUCUUUCGCUGUUUCAUCACAAUUCCGCUGAGAAAAAGAUCUUUGCGUCAGCAGUAGUAGCUCUCCGAGAAGCACUUAGCAGAGGUUAGGAGGAAACCCGACCGGAGUGACUUCGGAUUUACCUCUGCGUCCAAAAUGAUGUCCAGGGUGCUGCACUCUGGGUGACUUCAAGUACAGGGUACACAGUCCCUCUUCAGGUCGAACCAGGAAUUUUCAGUCGAGGGGAAAGUAGGAAGCGUUCCAAAGGAGUUCACGUGGAAGUGAUCUGUUUUUCUUUUGCUCAAAAGAAAAGAAAAUUCCUUCUCUGACUACAGGUCUCCGAGAAAUUAUCUUUCAAGUGUUGUGGCCUAUUGAUUAAAAAAAAAAAAAAAUUCACUUUCUUGUCUUGAAAAAAAUAAAAGUGGCCUUAGCUUUUUGCAAUACUUGAAUCAAGUGUGUACUCGCACAGCGUUAGAAACUUAGAACUUUUCUGCAAGAAGUUCAAACCCACAUCUUCUUUUACUACCUUAACGAUACUAGUGAAUAAAGCAACAGCGCGAACAUAGGAACUACACGGAUAAAGUUUCACACCAAUCUUGGGAUUUACAUGUUUACAAACCAUCCUAACUGACUCAGUAAACUCUUUGUAUUAUAAAAAUGUGAAGAAAAACAAAGAAAAAAUAGACCCACCCCUCCAGUCGCCUGAGCUACAAGGAGGUACUGUCAUUUUAACCCAUGUUUAAUAGCUUUUUCUUCCCAGACUUUGCAAAGCCACCGGGUCAGCGCAUUGCAAAGCGUUCCCCCGAGAGGUGCCACCUCCGCCUCCGUGUGCGUACUGUACUUCUGUGCAGACAUGAAAAAACGAGCCCGUUUACUCUGUAUGUGUGUGUGGGUGAGUGUGAGUGUGUGGGGGUGUGUGUACUUAGCCCGGCCAGAGGGCUGCUUUCAGCCAACUGCCACACCCAGUGGCUCCUCGGCACAGAGGACUUGGGGUGUGGUCUUGUAAGUAUGACCUGUAAAAUAGCGGGGCCCGUGCCCAUGUACACCUGUGUAAAUAGAUUUGUUAACCGAAAUGUACUUUCAGAAAGAGAAAUCUGUAAAUAAACUGAUUUAUAAAGUAA